AUGUCCACAUCGUCGCCCGACGCUGAUGACAUGGAUAUUUCUUGUCCGGUGACUGGAGAAGGCGGAUUCGGGCUUGUGGUCAAAUGCCGCAAAAAACUUGAUCAAAAGAUCUACGCCGUGAAAGAAAUUGUGCUCGAGCAAACCGAAAUGGCGUUCGACAAAAUUCAAAGUUGCGUCCGCAGUUCCUUCUUUUUUCUGUCGUCAGUCGUCGGUGCUCUUCACCGGAAAGAGUUCGCACCUCCUCGUCGUGUCUGCUGCCGUUGUAUCACCUUGACGUUUUCGCUGAUUUCUGGGUUUCUACUUCAACCGUGCCCAGAAGAAGGUUGUCAG